AGAAGUCCCGUCCCCGACCCUGCCUCACCUAGCCCGCGCUUGCUCCUUGCCCCUCGCCUGCCUUUCCCCCCUGGUUCCCGCCUCGGCCUCGCUGCGCACCGCGGCCAUCCAUCUCCAGGAAUGAUAUUCACGCUUUACAUCUACGAUCGGUUCUGCAACUGCCUUUACUAUCGGUCCUUCUCUCGGCCCCUUCCUUCAUCCAUGUCCAUGGCCGAGGAGCAGAAACUGGUGUACGGCGUGGUUUUCUCCGCGCGUGCCAUGAGCGAGCGUUUGUCCUCGGCCGUGGGGGAAUCCUCCGAUCCCGAUGGUGGCUUCAUGGCCUUCCAGACGUCUGGCUUCAAGCUGCACUCCUUCGAGACGCCGACGCGCUACACGUUUGUCCUGCUGACGGCCGUCCCGACCACCGGAUCGGCCUUUGACAACCGGAGCGCCAGCCCGGCCGUCCCGCAGACGGCCCAGGUGCUGGAGGACCUGCGGAAGCUCUACUCCGACUGCUUCGUGCCGCAGGUGGUGCGCAACCCGCUGGCCCGCCUGCCGACCGAGAGCUACAUUGUCAGCUCCGACAACCGCAUGAUCCCGGCCUCCAUGCGCAAGACGCCGGACCUGUGCCCGGAGAUGGUCUUCGGCACGGACUCAUCGCCGAUCAUGCUCGGCAGUACCUUCGACAAGAUGGUCCUCUUCUGGGCCAACGGCCUGUCCUACUCGGGCCUCACGCCGGAGGGCAAGGCGAUGUGAAGCGCGGUCGGCGCUCCUCCCUGCCCUGUGGGGGCCCUUGCCGAAAGAAAAAUACAAACAUCCACA